ACGAUGUUGACAUUGUGGGAUAGGACUGGGGACUGCGGUUAGCACGCAAGACUGCCUUCCAUGCAGCAGUACAGUACUACUGCCGUCAACUCGGGAUCGUCGCACAUGAGGCUCCCAUGCCUAUUGCAUACGCGGAUCCAGACACGAUGGACUAUCUUCCUUCAUCACCUGGUUCUUAUGAUGAUGAAGUGGAGCCUGUCAGCGAGGAGCCGGAAAUCCCGCCACCACCAAAACAAGGACAUAACCAGAUCGUGUUGGGCUUCCAACCGCCACCGGAUAGGCCUGUGGCUGGAGUCCGUGCUCGCAAGUCGAAGAGCAGAAAGGCCGUCCUACGCUCGAUGGGUGCCGAUGGUUAGGUUUUUGGAUGCCAUGAUCAUGAUAAUGAAUUUCAGGGGACACU